CCUGUUCCUACUAUCCUUCCACUAAAUCCGAUGCCAUGAUUCUCAUUCUAUUCCACCAAUACUCUUCCUAAAUAGACGAGGUUUUUAGUUUUUAAAUUCAGAUAAGCGGAAGAAAAGAGAUAAUAUCCUUAUUAAGGUUGUGUUUUUAGUUUUUGAUAACUUAUUGUCAAUAUACAAAAAGAAAUUGGAAAAUGGAAGGGGGUGUUACAAAACCAGAUAAAACCGAGUUUUCAGAAUGUUUUAGGAUCAUUUGGGGUAAACCUUAUAUAAUGCUGCUUGCUCUUUCUGCUGGAAUUGGAGGGCUCUUAUUUGGUUAUGAUACAGGGGUAAUUUCGGGUGCCUCUCUAUAUAUCCGAGAUGAUUUUCAAGAAGUUGAAAGGCAUACGUGGUUGCAAGAAACGAUUGUUAGCACAGCUGUAGCCGGAGCUAUCAUUGGUGCAGCAUUCGGUGGAUGGAUGAACGAUAGAUUCGGGAGAAAAAAGUCAAUAAUGUGUGCUGACUUAUUAUUCAUGAUUGGUUCAAUAGUCAUGGCUCUAGCUCCAAACCCGUGGGUCAUAAUCACGGGUCGACUUUUUGUUGGUUUGGGUGUUGGAAUAGUCUCCAUGACAUCACCAUUAUAUAUCUCUGAAGCUUCUCCUGCUAGAAUCAGAGGUGCGCUUGUUAGCACUAACGGUUUACUCCUUACUGGAGGACAGUUCUUAUCCUACCUCAUCAAUUUAGCUUUCGCUAAGACACGUGGAAACUGGCGUUGGAUGCUUGGGAUAGCUGGAGUUCCACCUUUGGUGCAGUUUAUCUUGAUGUGUUUUCUCCCUGAGUCCCCGAGAUGGUUGUAUGGCCAGAAUAGGAUAAAAGAGGCAACAGAAAUCCUCGAAAAGAUCUAUCCAGCUAAUGAAGUAGAACAAGAACUAAAAUCAUUACAAUUAUCCAUCGAAACCCAAAAAGAAGAUGAAAAAUCAACAGGAGAUGGGCCUUUUUCAAAGAUAAAAAGUGCAUUUGGUAAUAAAAUUGUCCGAAGGGGAUUAUACGCCGGAAUCACAGUUCAAGUGGCCCAACAAUUCGUGGGAAUCAACACCGUAAUGUAUUACAGUCCCACGAUUGUCCAACUUGCAGGAUUCGCCUCCAAUAGAACAGCUUUAGCACUUUCGCUCAUUACCACGGGACUCAAUUCCAUUGGCACGGUUUUUAGUAUGUUGUUUGUUGAUAGGUUUGGGAGAAGGAGGUUGAUGAUUAUUUCAAUGAUUGGAAUCAUUGUUUGCCUUGUUGUUUUAUCGAUUAUGUUCUUUCAAGCUUCAAUUCAUGCUCCGAUUGUUAGUGUGAUUGAAUCGAAUCAUUUUGGGGUUAAUUCCACGUGUUUUGAUUUCAAAAUGGCAUCGAGUCCUGCGUCUUGGAACUGCAUGACUUGCUUGAGAGCUUCCUCUGAUUGUGCCUUUUGCGCCAACGGACAAAAUAUUUACAAUGCAGGGGCAUGUUUGGUUGCGGACACUGUCACACGAGCCACAUGUCGCGCACAACACCGUACAUGGUAUGGGGACUGUGCCUUGGAUUGUAAAUUCCGAGAUAUACCCUUUACGUUACCGAGGCACCGGCGGAGGGAUCGCGGCGGUUUCAAAUUGGGUUUCAAAUUUAAUUCCUUUUCGUCUGCGGGACUUGUGGCAAUAUUUUUUCUUGUCCCGGAGACGAAAGGGUUGCAGUUUGAGGAGGUGGAGAAGAUGUUGGAAAAAGGGUAUCGACCGAAGUUAUGUUGUAGCAAAGAGGGGGAGAUUAAAUCAACUUCUUAG